UUUACAAAAUGGCGGUGCGUUAGGCGUACAGCGCGCACCAAGGGUACCGUAAAAUGCGCGACCGCCGCUGUCGAGCUUUUCCGUUUUCGGGCUAAUCGGCGCCCGGCGGCCAGCGGUCUCGGAUAUCGACGGUUUGCGUUUAUUGUUUUUCCGUCCCGCUUUCCCGCCGCCGCCGGCGCCGGACGAAUGAUUAAAUAUUAAUAAAUUGCGGUUGAAGGUUUCUGCGUAGUGUUUGAUCGCCGUUUACCAGCUAGUCCGUACUCCGUAGUCGUCACCGAAUACCGAUGACGAUAGGCAUUCAUUUCGUUUUCGACAACUCGACAUUGACGAUACGACACGGUUUUAAAAUAAGUAAAUAGGUACCUACCAAUGAUUAUUACGAGGACGUGUUCGAUCCGAAUAUUUGACCCUACACGGCCGAAUGCCAAAAAUGAUUACGACGAUGAAUAUCGAAUCAGAAGUCCUGCAUUUUUAAACAAUCAAAAUACAAUUAUCUUCAAGUAAGAUGUCUUCUGCUUUAGAAGAAAGGGAAGAACAAAGCUUAAAAUGUUUUAUAUGCAAUAUAAAAGUAACUACUUGUUCGUCGUACAAAGUGUACUGUACAUUUAUGCCUCAAAGAAACACAUUGUUAAUAGAUAUCAUGUCAAAAAUACUUAAAAAAGAUUUGCAACCCUCUCAAAUGAAAAAUUCAGUAUUGUGUCGAAGGUGUUUUACACUUUUUGAUGAGUUGGAUCAGAUAUCUACACGUUUCACAAAGCUUCAAUCUGACAUUAUUAAACGUUAUACUUCUACAUGCAGCGAAUAUAAAAAUAAUACUGAUUUUAACGUUGAUCAUGCAAAAAUUGUAGAUCUCUCACAGGGUGAACAAAAAAAAAAUGAUAAAUCUUUAAAUGCUGAAAAUGAAAAUAGUGAAAAAUCAUCAAUUGCUCUAAAUGAGAUUGUCGAGAAUAUCAUAAGUAGUAUACAAACUGAUGAAACUAUGGAUGACAAUGAAAAUUCUAAAGAUUGUGCUUCUGAUACUGCAGAAAAUAAAAUUGCACUUAUUGAUAAAAAGGUUACAGAACAUAUGGAUGUAGUAGACAUUCCAUGUAUGGUUGAAAAUCCAAUCUGUGAAACAAAACUCAGGGAAAAUAGUGUUGCCAGAGUUGAUAUUAAUUAUAAAUGUGAGAACUAUAAUGAUUCUUUUCAACAAGCUUCAGAUGUAAAGAAUCAUUUUAUCACAGUUCACCAAAGUCCAGAAUGUUUCUUUUGUACAUCUUGUGAUAAAAGCUUUUCAACCAAACAAGCAUUAAACAAUCAUUUGACUAAAGAACAUAAUACUUUGGAUAAAGGGGAAAUUAAUGAUCCAGUUGAUUUGAUUUCUACAAAAAUUAAAAUUGAAGAUGAAACAUCCCAAUGUGAUACAGAUUCAAUCAUAAUGACUAGAGAUAAUGAUUUUAUAAAUGAGCCUCCUGAAAAUGUGAUAAUUGAUGUGAAACCUGAAUUUCCUAUUGAUAAUAACAUGUACUUGGAGGAAAUUGUGCAAGAAGAAAAUGAAGAUGAUGAUUUUGAAUGGAAAGAAGAUGAAAAAAUUAACAUUAUUGAAGAAAAUUUCCACGAAGAUAGUUCAAGUGCAAUCGACGAAACUGUAGCUCCUUCAUCUGGAUCAGAAAAAUCUGAUAAACGAUUAAAAAAAAGACAGAAUAAAAAAGGUGGUUCACGCUCUGGUGAACGUGCAUGUUUACCUGCUAUUCAUAGUUGUGCACUUUGUGGAAAAAAAUGGAGGACAGUCACAGAGUUAAAAUCUCAUAUACAAUCACACAGUUCUCUCAGGCCUUAUGUUUGUGAGAUAUGUGGACAAGCCUAUAAAAUGAAAAAAGCUUUAGAUGUGCAUAUUGGAAUGCAUAAUGGGAUACAUCCUUUUACUUGUGAAUACUGUAAUAAGUCUUUUACUCAAAAAGUUGGUCUACAAAAACAUAUUCCUAUCCAUACUGGAUAUACGCGGUUUCAAUGUGAUUUGUGUGGGAAGCGAUUUAUUCAUCAAAAAAGUUUUCAUAUACAUACAAUGACUCAUACAGGUGAAAAACAUGUUAAAUGUUCUGAAUGCGGUUUGGCUGUUUUAUCUCAAUCACAUCUUAAGCGACAUUUAAGAGUUCAUACUGGAGAGCGACCAUAUGCUUGUCCAAUAUGUGGGAAACGUUUUGCAGAAAAGUAUAAUAUGAACGCUCAUGUGCAUAUCCAUGAUAAUAGUGGAGGACUUGGGCCGAAAAGAAAUAGAAAUCAUAUAUGUCAAUUGUGUGGCAUGAGUUAUGAUCGAAAACAUAAACUUGAAUAUCAUUUAGCUUCAGCGCAUAACAAAAUUGAUACUAAACUUUCUCAAAAUCAAGAACUAGUGCAACUACAACAACCAAAAAUUGAAUACUUUCAAGAAAAUUCUCAAAAUCACCAAAUCAUCAAUGUGGAUAAUAAUUCUAUUAAUCGCAAUGGUAGCACUGCAAUGAUAACAGUCAGCGGUGUUAAACUUCCAAUAUCCUUAGAUGACACUCCAAUUAUGGUUGCUACAAUGCCACAGCCACCUCAUGCUACUAGUCUUGUUCAACGUAACAUACCAGCUGAAGGUUCUCUUCUCACUUACAGCCCAUCAAACACAAAUGAUAAUAAUGAACAGCCGUUGGUUGAUAAUUCACAGAAAUGCUGUAACUAUACAACUGUCUUAAGAUAAUAAGUUUAUAGAUAAAUAUAAGGUGGAGGACUGCAACCUUAAAAAGACCCUCAGAGAUUAUGCUAACUCGCAUUAAACUAAAUCUAAUGUUUUAUAUUGAGAUAGAAUUCUGAAUAGUAGUUUCAAAUAUCUAUUAAAUAUUCAUAUUUCUAAAUAAUUGUAAGCUGUUUAUGUCUAGUAAAUUAGUGUCUAUUGUUGUUCCACGCACAAAUUUAUUCUUAAGUAGUUAUUAUUAAUAAAUAAUUAUAUAAAGCAAUUAAUUUUUUACAGCAUAUGUAUGUUUUGGUCUAUUGACAAGGUAUAUGAUAGUAUAUUGCUAUUUUUAUUUAUUUGAUAGAAAUUCACUCAACAUAAUUCCACGAAUACUAUUGAAUACAUUAUGAUGACAUAUAUCAGUUAGUUGAUAAAAAUAAUAUA